UACUGUAAUACUGUAUAUUAAUGACGCUACUUUCUACGUCACGCGGUGACGAAACAACACUAAAUUGCUUAACAUUGUUUUUGAAUUUCUCCUCGCUCGUCGAUCCCUAUCGGUGUCAUACAAUGGAGAUUUAAUGCUAAUUUAGUUUGGAUUACGACCAUAUAUGUCUGUUAUGGCUUAUUCGAUGAGCUCCAGACUUUUCUUGUAUCGGCGUUGGUUUUCAAGAAUAAGCAGAGGUGUCCCUACCAACGACCGUGGUCAAAGAAGUUUGUGUCCGUGUCAAGGUGAAAGAUCUUUGUCUGGGCGGCAGGCCUCAGUGAGUGCUAUCAACUCAGCCACUCGCGCCGAGUAAUGAAAAGGGAGCAGUGGGAAAGUCACAACAACAGCACUGUCUUGUAGCGAAGCCUACGCACAUCAGACAGGUGGCCAUCCCGCGAAGGUACGCAGGAAGUCCCCGUGCCACCGGAUCAAGUUGACAAAGGGAAGUACUCCACCGGACGAAGGAGGUCACCAUGAUGCUCGUCCACAAACUGAACAAAGGGCUUGGAUGAAUCAGGAAGCCCAAGAGCGGGGCAGGACCGCAUGGCACACUUUAGAUGCCCACUAAUUGUCCUGAAGUUUGCUCUGCCAGAGAAAUGUGUAGUGUUUUUGUUGGGAUAACAGACAACACAAGAUAAAAACACACAGCUGCUCAAAGUCAUGACUGCAGGUUGCAGCAUAUAACAAUCAUUUUGAGGAUUAAAUCUGUUUUAUGUUGAAAUUGUUGAGCCUCAAUGGAAUCUGGCUCAUCAGUAGGCUGCUCCCUUUUUUAGGUCUCUAGGCCUCAUUCUUACCACUUCAUAAAACAAAACACUUGCUCUACAAUAUCUCAGUGUCACACUAGUUAAUCACCAAUCCUCCAAAAAAAAAAAAAAAACUUUCCCACAAGCCCUGCGAUUGGCUGGCGACCGGUUCAGGGUGUACCCCGCCUCCCGCCCGAAGAUACCUGGGAUAAGCUCCAGAAGCCCGCGACCCUAGUGAGGAUAAGCGGUAAAAGAAAAUGGAUGGAUGGAUGGAUUUUCCCACAAUUUAUUUCCCCCCUGCAGCAACAGCUCACGACAUAUUACGAGUUGAACACACGACCAAUUCAACGUGUAUCCCGCCUCUCGUCCAGAGUUAGUUGGUAUUGGGUCCAGCACGCCCGCGACCUUCGUGAGGAUAAGCAACAAACAAACUCUCCUUGGUGGAAUGCAACUAAGGGACUUUUCUCCUGGGGUGGUGGGGCAGCUGCGGAGCAGCAGACCCUGAAAGGCGUUGCUAAGAACAUGCUAGAGCAGAAGUAUAAGAGAGUGGUGGUGAUGGCAGGGGCAGGGAUUAGCACUCCCAGUGGCAUUCCCGAUUUCAGGUCCCAGGGAAACGGUCUCUAUGACAACCUCCAGCAGUAUAACCUGCCUUAUGCUGAGGCUAUUUUUGAAAUUGCCUUUUUUCAUCACAACCCUAAACCAUUCUUUACCCUGGCUAAAGAAUUAUAUCCUGGAAAUUUCCAGCCUAAUCUUACUCACUAUUUUGUGCGACUGCUUCACAAGAAGGAUCUGCUCCUCAGAAUGUACACACAGAAUAUUGAUGGCCUGGAAAGAUUGGCUGGGAUUCCUCCUGAGAUGCUCGUGGAGGCCCACGGUACGUUUGCUACGGCCACAUGUACUGUUUGCCGAAGUAAAUAUAAGGGAGAGGAUCUACGUCCAGACUUGAUGAGCGGAGUGAUUCCCAAAUGUUUGACCUGUAAGGGCGUUGUAAAGCCAGACAUAAUAUUUUUUGGAGAGGAACUGCCGCCUCACUUCUUCAAGUACCUCACAGACUUUCCUCUUGCAGAUCUCCUGAUCAUCAUGGGCACAUCACUAGAGGUGGAGCCCUUUGCCAGUCUGGCUGGAGCUGUGCGUAGCUCUGUUCCUCGACUGCUCAUCAACAGGGACUUAGUGGGUCCAUUUGCAUUGAGAAACAAUCGACCUUGUGACGUUGUGCUGCUGGGUGAUGUAGUGAGUGGCAUCCAAACUUUAGUCAAUGCCCUCGGUUGGACUCAGGAGCUUGAUGCUCUGAUGGCAGCAGCUGCUGACAAAACUGUAACAAAGACAAAUGAAGAAUAAUAAGAAAAAUAGCAUUCAGAGGAUCAACACUUCUCCAGAUGAUCACGUGGACCACUUGAAUUAUUAAAUGUAAGUGUCAAUAAUAAAAGCCCCUUUUACGCUUAAAGUCAAACAGAUCAAAAGACGUAAGGUCUAGAGCAGAUGGCUUAUUGUACUGUACUUACAUUUUAUAGCUUUACAACAGAACAUAAUUAAUCAUGAUACAGUGGAACCUCGAUUUAAGGGUCUAAUAGGGGUGGGGAGUCGUCUGUUACAGCCGAUUGUCCGUUAUAUUGAAGCUUUUUGUGGUCAUAUGCAUCCAUAUUACUGUACGGUACAAAAUUGUUUAGUACUUUUUUUGUGGCCUAAAACGCCCACAAAGUUAUUGUAAAGAAAUAUGAUAAAGCUUGAAAAUAUUGAAAAUGUUUUGAAUUGUCUCCAAACUUACCACGCUGGUGUACUUUUUGUCGUAGUGACUAGUGGCAAGUCGGGCGGGUCGCUUUCAUGAGCCACGAGGAAUUAGUGGUCUCUCUCUGCGCAGAGCUCUAUGCGACAAUAGAUAGAACUCCUGCCAUCAUGGCUGUUACAUCAAUGCAUUGUUGAAUGUCGCCAUAUUCAACAUGGCCACCACAGCGCCACGAGCUACUCCUUUGGCUGGAACUAGUCAUACUGUAUAUCUGUGACCCGGAAAUACAUGUCUUUCAUUCGUUGCCUAUAUUGCAUCACAGCGCCCGUAAACGACAGCAGCCAAUUUUGGAACUAACAGACUUUGUCAACAAUUGACACUAUUUUUGUACACAUUGUCCUGUCCUGACGGUCCGUUACAUUUGAUAUCCGUUAUAUUGGGGUCCCUUUAAUCAAUAUUCCACUGUAUACAAAAACAGAUACACUCAGAUCAAAUCCAUGAGCUCCAUUCCCUGAUUUUCACUUAAGUAACAGGUGCACAUCUCAGAUGGUAGGUUUUUUUUUUUUUCCACAGCAAGUACACCACCAGUGUUGGGGAGUAACACUACAUUUAAUGAGAUUAUGUAAUUAAAGUUAUUGUAAUCCAUUAUAUUACUGUGAUAAAGUAUGGAAUUAAAUUAGUUGCUUUUAGAAUUUUGGAUUAUUACAAUUUUCGUUACGUUUGAAAAAUCACCACUUCCGCCUUCUAAAGCAGAUGCAUAUGAUUGGCUCUUUAUGGUCGUGUGCAACUCGGCAGUCAGCUGUAAGUUUAAAACAAUGUUGCAGUUUAUCUGAGAUUUUCAAAGGGUAAGAUCAUAAUUUACUGUCUAAAAUUAAGAACAUUUGACUUUUUGUUUAUAAUUUUUGACUUAUGGAACAUUAAUGCCUUUAUUUAUCUAGGUUUUUAUAUAAUAAUAUCCACAUGCCUGAUGUAUAGUGUGUGGGCAUAUUUUAGCUUUGUGCUGUUCUGUUGGCAGUUUACAGAUAAAGUGCUUAAUUUAAUUUGCAUAGCCUGUUGAAAGUCUUGUCUGAAAGUUUAUAGAUAAGGCAAUGAAAAAUGUUCUCGGAAGUGUACUGUGCCACUGUUUUUACAGUAAAAAAAAGUUAUUGAAGUUCAA